AUGUCUCGGCCUCACCAAAACCUCCUCACAGCAUGCGAUGACACCAAAUUCCCCUCCAGAUUCAAACCGCCACCCCGAACCCACCACUCCGACCUCUUCAUCCCCCACGCCCUCACCGACACCGAAACCCGGCUCGUAAACCACACAAACCCCCAACAACUCCUCAUAACCACCGACGGCGCCUGCAACCAAAACGCCUGGUCCAGCCGCCGCGGCGGCUGGGCCUUCGUCUACGGCCCGUCCUCCAUCCGCGAAUACCCCGGCGCAAACGUAAUCUGCGAACGGCUGGAGAAAGAAGGACCCAACGGGCACGCUUACGCGGCAACGAACCACCGCGCGGAGCUCCGGGCCGUGAUCGCCGCGCUGCAGUGGAAGAACUGGGCCGCGGAGGGGUUUACGUCGCUGGUGAUCGGGACCGAGUCUGCGUAUGUGGUGAACGGGAUCACGGAGUGGGCGAAGGAGUGGGUGCGGAACGGGUUUGUCACGCCGGCGGGGCUGGAGGUUGCGAAUUUGGAUCUGUGGAAGGUGCUGCUGCAGGUGGUGGAUUGGGUGGAGUAUGAGGUGCUGUUCUGGCGGGUUGGGCAGCGGGUCACUGGGGUUGCGGAUCAUUUUGCGAGGGUUGCGGCGGAGAAGGCGUCGGUGGUGAGGUUUAAGGUCUGGGUUGAGGGAGGUGAUCGAUUUGAGGAUUCUCUAUCGGAUACUUAA